AUGGGAGGCAAACUGAGCAAGAAGAAGAAGGGCUACAAUGUGAAUGACGAGAAGGUGAAAGACAAGGACAAGAAGGCUGAGGGGGCAGCUGCAGAGGAAGGGGAGGCUUCAAAAGAGAAUGAACAGAGCCAGCCAGCCACCACAGAGGCAGCUGAAGUGAAAGAGAACAGCAAGGAGGAGAAGGGUGAGAAGGAGGCUCAAAUGGCUGCCAACAAGACGGACGACAAAGAAGGAGAGAAAGGCAAAGCAGAAAGCCAGGAAGAAGCUAAGAAGUCAGAGCCUGAGAAGCAAGAGGUGGCGGCUGACACCAAGGUGGAGCCACCGAAGAACCACGAGCAGCAGGCACCCAAGAAAGAGGAGCCCAGCAGCGAAGCGCCCAAACCCUCAGACCCCAGCAGUGAUGCAAAAGCUUCCCAGCCUUCAGAAGUCACCACUAGUAAAGGAGAUGGCAAGAGCAAGGAGGAGGGGGAGGCCAAAAAGACUGAGGCUCCAGUUCCUGCAGCCCAAGAAACUAAAAGCGAAGUGGCUUCAGACUCAAAACCUAGCAGCAGCGAGGCUGCGCCUUCUUCCAAGGAGACCCCGGCAACAACAGAAGCACCUAGUUCAACUCCAAAGGCCUCAGAGCCGGCAGCCCCACCAGAGGAAGCGAAAACGUCUGAAACUCCGGCUACUCUUUCGGAUCAAACCAUAGCAGUGAAAGAUUAAAUUUGGACAGCCUAUUGGGGGGAAAAACCACUUAAAAACAACCUGUGUCUUUUUUUUUAAUUCUCUUCCCUCGCCAUCGGCCCAGCUCUGCUAACUUGUUUCAGGUCUGAGAUAUGAAAUACAUAUUGCCCGAGAAAAAUAAAAUAAAAUAAAAUAAUGGAUUGUCCCAUUCAGUUGUGAGGGAGGAAGAAGGCUGGGAGACUGGGGGUGGUGUUGGUGGUGGGUGGGUGGGAAAGGGGUGGGUGGGGGGGAAUCCAAAUAGUAUUUUUGUGGGGGAAAUAUCUAAUAUGCUUUCUGCCAAUUCUACAAAGUCCUGUAUUUCAAUCAGAUAUAGAAAGCAGAAGAAAAUCCCAGGGUCUGAAAGUACAGAACUUCUUUUGUUUUGAACCUAAACUGCUUUAAAAUGCACUCCACCAACGUAUUUGAUCUGUUCCUUUUUCUCUAAUAGGGGUUUGGGAAUAUUGAUAGAAGUGAUUCUGCUCUCUGGACCAGAGCCACAUAAAUCGGAUCUUUAUCAAAGCAGUAUUUCCUUUUUAAAAAAAAUUUACAACCUUUUAUUGUUUUGUAUUUUUUAUGCAGCGAAUGAAUGGCAACUUUCAGACAACCCCCCCUCCCCCCGUAGUUGUCCACAUUUUUUUCUUGAUGCCAAUCCUCCAAUUCUUCUUUCUCUCCAAAUAUUUUGGGAGUUUGAAAAAAAAUUUAAAAGCAUUCUUCAUCCUACUUAGCCUACCUAGAUUUCUCAUGACGAGUUUAAUGCAUGUCCGUGGUUGGGUGCACCUGUAGUUCUGUUUAUUGGUCAGUGAAAAUGAAAAAAAAAGUCUGCAUUCAUUGCAGUUCCAGUUUUUCUUCCAUUCUGUGUCACAGACACCAACACACCACUCAUUGGAAAAAAAAGACGAAAAAGCAAAAUGUACAAUGGAUGCAUUGAAAUUAUAUGUAAUUGUAUAAAUGGUGCAACAGUAAUAAAAGUUAAAUAAUUUAAAAACACCCAAA